ACAAUGCGGACAGCUCGAUAUGCCCACAGCUAUAUUUUAAAUGUGUUCAGCGAUCUACACGUCAGUAUUCCGACGAUGUGUGUUGACCUGCGUGACAAGUGUUUAAAACUGACCUGCUCAAGUUCUGAUGGCGAUGGAAGUUACGAAGUGUUCUUUGUAGGCUUAGAAAAGUGAACAAAACCAUACACAUACAGGCCCACAGACAUACAAAUCAUACACAUAUCGCGACAUGAAGCUCUGGAGAACUAAAGAGUUGUUGUUCGUGAUUUUAACGCUAAUGGGUGAGUUAUCUUUCCUUGUGAUUCUCAAUUGAAAGCAUAGCAUACGUCCAUUCUAUUGCUCACCUUUUCAUACUGUUUCUGAUUAUUUAGCGCUGAAAAUGAAUUAUGUAGAAUGUAAUCAAAAAAUGAGUUUCAUUUAUUUGGCUUUUUAAAAAAUCUUAUCUUAUCGUCAUUACAAAUCAGAACAAACAAAUCAUUCAUUUCCCAGUUACCAAGGAAUAUACCAAGAAACUCCACAUUUAAAAACUGAACAUUUAGUUACAUUCCUUUUGAUAAAUAUUUUGUAUCUACAAUAACGCGUCAGUUGCAUCAACGAAUGAAGAAGAAACACAAGAGGGUAAUAAUCAUACUGCGAUAAUAAUAUAAUGGCCUUCUGUAGAUUGUUGUAUCUCCUGGUAGUACUAAGGUGCAUCACUGUCAUAUAUUGGUAUCUCCUGGUAGCACUAUGGUGCAUCACUGUAAUAUAUUGGUAUCUCCUGGUAGCACUAUGGUGCAUCACUGUAAUAUAUUGGUAUCUCCUGGUAGCAUUAUGGUGCGUCAUUGUAAUAUAUUAAUAUCUCCUGGUAGCAAUAUGGUGCAUCACUGUAAUAUAAUGGUAUCUCCUGGUGUCUUGGACACUUUUUAAUGUCAAGUUAUUACUAUGCUGUCUUCUGGUAAUAUUUCGGUGUCUAUCUGUAGUGUUAUGGUGUCUUCUGGUCAUAUUUAAGUGUCUACCGGUAAUGUUAUGGUGUCUUAUGGUAAUAUUUAAGUGACUAUCGGUAAUGUUAUGGUGUCUUUUGGUAAUAUUUAAGUGACUACCGGUAAUGUUAUGGUGUCCUAUGGUCAUAUUUAAGUGACUAAAGGUAAUGAUAUGGUGUCUUGUGGUCAUAUUUAAGUGACUACCGGUAAUGUUGUGGUGUCUUGUGGCAAUAUUUAAGUGACUAAAGGUAAUGAAAUGGUGUCUUGUGGUCAUAUUUAAGUGAUUACCGUUAAUGUUAUGUUGUCUUGUGGUAAUAUUUAAGUUACUACCGGUAAUGGUAUGGUGUCUUGUGGUCUUAUAAAUUUAAAUUAUUUAUGAGCUUAAUUUCUAUUUAAAAACAUAAAAAGUUGUUUGGCUCAAAAGGAUCUGUGUGUAUAAUGUCAUUUGAAUCAUUUCAUUGUGAAAUGUCAUUGAAUAAUUUCAUUGUAUAAGGUCAUUUGAAUCAUUUCAUUGUGUAAUGUCAUUGAAUAAUUUCAUUGUAUAAUGUCAUUUGAUUCAUUUUGUUGUAUUAUGGCAUUUGAAUAAUUUCAAGUUUAUAGAAUUUUAAGAGGAAAUUAAAAUUAAAAUAAAAAGAUUGAAAGAUUAUCGAAGUUUGCGUCCAGUUGGUGACUGUGACGUCACCCAGAGUGUACUAUUUGGUAUCAUGUCCAGUUGGUGACUGUGAUAUCACCAAGAGUGUACUAUUUGGUAUCAUGUCCAGUUGGUGACUGUGAUAUCACCCAAAGUGUACUAUUUGGUAUCAUGUCCAGUUGUUGACUGUGAUAUCAACCAGAGUGUACUAUUUGAGUGUACUAUUUGGUAUCAUGUCCAGUUGUUGACUGUGAUAUCACCCAGAGUGUACUAUUUGGUAUCAUGUCCAGUUGGUGACUGUGAUAUCACCCAGAGUGUACUAUUUGGUAUCAUGUCCAGUUGGUGACUGUGAUAUCAACCAGAGUGUACUAUUUGGUAUCAUGUCCAGUUGGUGACUGUGAUAUCAACCAGAGUGUACUAUUUGGUAUCAUGUCCAGUUGUUGACUGUGAUAUCAACCAGAGUGUACUAUUUGGUAUCAUGUCCAGUUGGUGACUGUGAUAUCAACCAGAGUGUACUAUUUGGUAUCAUUUUUUGUUCUGGCUGUAGAAGUAGCCUAUGGCUACAUGUGCGUAAUUUGAAGUUUUAGCAUUUUUUCCUUAGAUUAUCGGGUUCGGGGGGAGGGGGGGAUAUAUUAAAAGAUCACCAGACUGUCUACUGCUAUGGUUAGUUUUUCUUGCAGCCCCCCUCAGUCUCUUCGUCAAACGCAGUACUAAUGAUUGGAUACUAACCAUUGCAUGAAUACUAAUUAAAUUACUUAUCAUGCGUAGUUCUUAACGAAACACCCCACCAUCAAUAGCCGCAUUUAUAUGCAUCUUAAUAUUAAAUACCCCCACGAAAAAUUACCCCAUGACUAAAUACCCCAUGACUAAAUACCCCAUGACUAAAUACUCCACGACUAAAUACCCCACGACUAAAAGCCCAAUGACUAAAUACCCCAUUACAUCCAUGACUAAAUACCCCACGAUUAAUUACCCCACAACUAAUUACCCCACGACUAAUUACCCCAUGACUAAUCACCCAAUUGCAACUAAACCAUUGGGGUAAUCAUCCCGUUUAUAUUAUUACGUCAAUUAUUAAUGAUCUCAUUGCUCAUUAUUUCACGAAGUUAAUAAUUAAUUAUGUAAUGUAAUUACUAACUCUUUCAUGGAAUUACCAAUCAUGCCAAUUAUUUACUAAUUGUAUUGCGUAAUUACUAUUUAUGUCAUGUAAUUACUAUUUAUGUCAUAUAAUUACUAUUUAUGUCCUAUAAUUACUAAUCAUGUCAUGUAACUAGUAUUUAUGUCCUAUAAUUACUAAUUAUCUCAAGUGAUUACUAUUUCGUCCAGUGCUUACAAUUUUAUUACCAAUAAUUCCAUUAUUGAUCACACAUCAAUGGCCGCAAGAGGCGAGUCCACUUCAUCUCAAAUGUCAAAUAGUGAACAGCACAAGAAAUGUCUGUGAUACCAAAGAAAUAUUUUACACUUGUGCAAUCACAGGUGUAUUUGUAUUUUAAAAAUAUAUUUGAGAAUCACCUUCUGCACUUCCCCACCCAUCCACCCCCCCCCUUUUUCGUAUGAAUCUAUAUACGGUUCUGUUGUGUUGUUGUUGUUUUUUUAAUGACCAGCUAAUGCAAAACCCGUUGCUAUUUUUUUAGACAUCAGUAGAUCUCAAACGAUGAAGCAAAACACUUGGCGGCUACUGUCGAGCCCCUACAUCCAAUUACAAAACAUUUACAAGAAGCUGAAGACCCCCGACCACGGGUCGUGUGCCUCGAGCUGUCUGUGGGAAGCAUCGUGCAUCAACUUUUACUACAACCCGCAAACGACCGACUGCACUCAGGGUAAGAAUCUCUUUUUGCGAAACUUCUCUAAUCAACGGAUUUUUACUUUGUGACUUCUUGGUCAGCUUUCAAGCGUCAGAAAGGUUGCUUUACUGAUUGCAGAUGAAAGGAAACAAGUAAUACAGGGGGAAAAAAAACAACAACAAAAAAACAAAUAAACAAACAAACAAACAACAACAAACAAAAACACCAAACCUGCCAGUUUGAAGAAAGGAAACACGUUUAUUAAAUAGAUCUACAUGCCAGGUAGCCAACCUCACUUAAAAAGAACUGUGUUACGUCUUAUAGUUUUAAUUGACCAAAUUUUUUUUUUUUAAAUUCCCAUUUCAUUUACCGGGUAUUUAUUUAAUUUUUUUUUAAAAAUAACUUACGUGGGGAAAACAUUUUUUUUUUUUUUAAACAUGAUUUUAAACCAAGAGCACGCGUCUCAUUCAUUCUUCUUUGUCCUGGUUCCUGUUCAAAUACUCGAUUACUCCAGUCGAGCGUCUUCGGGUGUUUUCUGGUAACGUUUGCCGAUGGUGCUCUACAACACUGUCUAUCAACAAAUAAAAAGGCACUUUACAACACAGUCUAUCAACGAAUACCCAGGCCCUUUACAACACUGUCUCUAAACAAAUACACGGGCACUUUACAAUAGUUCCUAUAAAAGAAUACCCAGGCAGUUGACAACAAUGUCCAUCAACAAAUAACCAGGCACUUUACAACACUGUCUAUCAACAAAUAGAAAGGCACUUUACAACACUGUCUAUCAACAAAUAGAAAGGCACUUUACAACACUGUCUAUCAACAAAUAGAAAGGCACUUUACAACACUGUCUAUCAACAAAUUGAAAGGCACUUUACAACACUGUCUAUCAACAAAUAGAAAGGCACUUUAAAACACUGUCUAUCAACAAAUAGAAAGGCACUUUACAACACUGUCUCUAAACAAAUACACGGGCACUUUACAACAGUUCCCAUAAAAGAAUACCCAGGCAGUUGACAACAAUGUCUAUCAACAAAUAACCAGGCACUUUACAACACUGUCUAUCAACAAAUAGAAAGGCACUUUACAACACUGUCUAUCAACAAAUAGAAAGGCACUUUACAACACUGUCUAUCAACAAAAAGCCAGGCAUACCGAAUAGUGGAAAACAAACACUUUAUGAAUGAAUAGAGUUCUCACUUAUUACGCGUGUCUGUCCCGCAGAUUCACCAGGUUACAGUAUCUCCUUAUUACUACACAGUCACACAGAUUCACCUGGUUACAGUUUCUCCUUAUAACUACACAGUCACACAGAUUCAUCUGGUUACAGUAUCUCCUUAUAACUACACAGUCACACAGAUUCAUCUGGUUACAGUUUCUCCUUAUAACUACACAGUCACACAGAUUCACCUGGUUACAGUUUCUCCUUAUAACUACACAGUCACACAGAUUCAUCUGGUUACAGUAUCUCCUUAUAACUACACAGUCGCAUAGAUUCACCUGGUUACAGUUUCUCCUUAUAACUACACAGUCACACAGAUUCAUCUGGUUACAGUAUCUCCUUAUAACUACACAGUCGCAUAGAUUCACCUGGUUACAGUUUCUCCUUAUAACUACACAGUCACACAGAUUCACCUGGUUACAGUAUCUCCUUAUUACUACACAGUCGCAUAGAUUCACCUGGUUACAGUAUCUCCUUAUAACUACACAGUCGCACAGAUUCACCUGGUUACAGUAUCUCCUUAUAACUACACAGUCACAUAGAUUCACCUGGUUACAGUAUCUCCUUGUUACUACACAGUCGCUUAGAUUCACCUGGUUACAGUAUCUCCUUGUUACUACACAGUCGCUUAGAUUCACCUGGUUACAGUAUCUCCUUAUAACUACACAGUCACAUAGAUUCACCUGGUUACAGUAUCUCCUUAUAACUACACAGUCACACAGAUUCACCUGGUUACAGUAUCUCCUUAUAACUACACAGUCACACAGAUUCACCUGGGUACAGUAUCUCCUUAUAACUACACAGUCACACAGAUUCACCUGGUUACAGUAUCUCCUUAUAACUACACAGUCACACAGAUUCACCUGGUUACAGUAUCUCCUUAUAACUACACAGUCACACAGAUUCACCUGGUUACAGUAUCUCCUUGUUACUACACAGUCGCAUAGAUUCACCUGGUUACAGUAUCUCCUUAUAACUACACAGUCACACAGAUUCACCUGGUUACAGUAUCUCCUUGUUACUACACAGUCGCUUAGAUUCACCUGGUUACAGUAUCUCCUUAUAACUACACAGUCACACAGAUUCACCUGGUUACAGUUUCUCCUUAUAACUACACAGUCACACAGAUUCAUCUGGUUACAGUAUCUCCUUGUUACUACACAGUCGCAUAGAUUCACCUGGUUACAGUAUCUCCUUGUAACUACACAGUCACACAUAUUCACCUGGUUACAGUUUCUCCUUAUAACUACACAGUCACACAGAUUCAUCUGGUUACAGUAUCUCCUUGUUACUACACAGUCGCAUAGAUUCACCUGGUUACAGUAUCUCCUUGUAACUACACAGUCACACAUAUUCACCUGGUUACAGUAUCUCCUUAUAACUACACAGUCACACAGAUUCACCUGGUUACAGUAUCUCCUUGUUACUACACAGUCGCUUAGAUUCACCUGGUUACAGUAUCUCCUUAUAACUACACAGUCACACAGAUUCAUCUGGUUACAGUAUCUCCUUAUAACUACACAGUCACACAUAUUCACCUGGUUACAGUAUCUCCUUGUUACUACACAGUCGCUUAGAUUCACCUGGUUACAGUAUCUCCUUAUAACUACACAGUCACACAGAUUCAUCUGGUUACAGUAUCUCCUUAUAACUACACAGUCACAUAGAUUCACCUGGUUACAGUAUCUCCUUGUUACUACACAGUCACACAGAUUCACCUGGUUACAGUAUCUCCUUAUAACUACACAGUCACACAGAUUCACCUGGUUACAGUAUCUCCUUGUUACUACACAGUCGCUUAGAUUCACCUGGUUACAGUAUCUCCUUAUAACUACACAGUCACACAGAUUCAUCUGGUUACAGUAUCUCCUUAUAACUACACAGUCACACAUAUUCACCUGGUUACAGUAUCUCCUUGUUACUACACAGUCGCUUAGAUUCACCUGGUUACAGUAUCUCCUUAUAACUACACAGUCACACAGAUUCAUCUGGUUACAGUAUCUCCUUAUAACUACACAGUCACAUAGAUUCACCUGGUUACAGUAUCUCCUUAUAACUACACAGUCACACAGAUUCAUCUGGUUACAGUAUCUCCUUAUAACUACACAGUCACAUAGAUUCACCUGGUUACAGUAUCUCCUUGUUACUACACAGUCACACAUAUUCACCUGGUUACAGUAUCUCCUUAUAACUACACAGUCACACAGAUUCACCUGGUUACAGUAUCUCCUUGUUACUACACAGUCGCAUAGAUUCACCUGGUUACAGUAUCUCCUUAUAACUACACAGUCACACAGAUUCACCUGGUUACAGUAUCUCCUUAUAACUACACAGUCGCAUAGAUUCACCUGGUUACAGUAUCUCCUUAUAACUACACACUCUCUCCUUAAUUAACUUUCUCUCUCUCCCUUGUUCUAGUUCACACCUUACAUCCACACACUUGUUUAUUAUCCCAUCCCUGUCAUCCAAUGAUCCCAUCCCUGUCAUCCAAUGAUCCCAUCCCUGUCAUCCAAUGAUCCCAUCCCUGUCAUCCAAUGAUCCCAUCCCUGUCAUCCAAUGAUCCCAUCCCUGUCAUCCAACGAUCCCAUCCCUGUCAUCCAAUGAUCACAUCCCUGUCAUCCAAUGAUCCCACAGACAAUACUUACACCCAGGGCACGACUCUCCGACCCAAACACCGUUCACACUAACAAAAGUGAUUCUCAUGCCCUUGACAGCCAGGUGUUAUAUAGCUUCUUUCCAUUUCGACUCUUUUCUCACAUAUUUCGUCUCCCUCAUCCCAGUUGCAUUGCCCCUUUCUCUCUUUCUCCGUGUCUCUUUCCUACUGGACAUUCCGUGGGCCGGGCAAAGUUUUCUUACGUCCAGGGAGUAAACAAGAAAUCUGGGUUUCGCUGUUGUCUGACCCGGUUACCGGAAAUUUGUUUAAAAGAAAUUUCAACGAUGGAAAAUUGAUUGACGGAAAUUUGAUCGAACAUACAUUUGGUCGAAUCUUUAUUUCAGUUCACACGUUAAAAUUUUGCGUCAAAUUUCUUUUUGAACGCACUUUAAUAUAUAGUCAAUGAAAAUAAUGCGUUCAAAAAGAAAUUCGACACACAAUGUAAACCUCUGAACUGAACAAAAUAAAAUUCGACCAAACUUCAGUUCGAUCAAAUUUUCGUCCAUAAAUUUUCCUUCGACGAAAUUACUUUCGAACAAAUUUUGGGAUACGGUCUGACCCUCUUCAUUCGCCCAUAUGUAGAGCCCGUCUUUUCUCGAGGACGGCUAAUUUAUGUUUGGUUUUGAAUGGAUUCGUGGCACUGUUUUCUUUUGUGCUCCGCCCAACUAACCCAACGCUAAACUUAUCAACAGUCGCCUGCUCUUUUACGCCAUGCGAGCAGGAUGACAGUAGGUCAAUUCUUCCCAUGCAAGGCUUCAGAUCCUUACUCGUCACAAGGGGUAGGGUUUGGGGGGGGGGGUUAAGUUGAUUCCAGUAUGGUUUAAAUUUUCAUCACUAUAUUAUGUAUACAGAUUCAAAUGCUGUCAUAUAUUUUAAAUAUUUCCAUGGCCAACUUCAGUUCCAAGCGCAACCAAUUAAAACGUGAAAUGUAACGAGAAUAUUCCCCAAUUCAGUGUUUCUCAACCGUUUGUGCACCCACCUCAGGACCCCAAAAAAACAAACUUUAAUAGUCUCUCCAGCUCUUAGUAGAAGAGAAACAAAGAAUAAAACAAGUCCCUAUGCUGCCUGUUGAGGUUUCCAGAUUCAAAUUACAUCAACUACAAGAGGCAAGCUCAAAAAAAAUUUAAUAUCGCAUGAAGACCCAUAAUUCAUAACCUCCAUUUGGAUGUCACUCAUCUUAGCAUCCUUAUCCAGUAAUUUUACCACACUUUUCCCAGUAAUUUUACCACACUUUCCCCAGUAAUUUUACCACACUUUUCCCAGUAAUUUUUCCACACUUUUCCCAGUAAUUUUACCUCACUUUUCCCAGUAAUUUUACCUCACUUUUCCCAGUAAUUUUACCUCACUUUUCCCAGUAAUUUUUCCACACUUUUCCCAAUAAUUUUACCACACUUUUCCCAGUAAUUUUACCACACUUUCCCCAGUAAUUUUACCACACUUUCCCCAGUAAUUUUACCACACUUUCCCCAGUAAUUUUACCACACUUUUCCCAGUAAUUUUACCACACUUUCCCCAGUAAUUUUACCACACUUUCCCCAGUAAUUUUACCACACUUUUCCCAGUAAUUUUACCACACUUUCCCCAGUAAUUUUACCACUUUUUUCCCAGUAAUUUUACCACACUUUUCCCAGUAAUUUUACCACACUUUCCCCAGUAAUUUUACCACACUUUUCCCAGUAAUUUUACCACACUUUUCCCAGUAAUUUUACCACACUUUUCCCAGUAAUUUUACCACACUUUUCCCAGUAAUUUUACCACACUUUUCCCAGUAAUUUUACCACACUUUCCCCAGUAAUUUUACCACACUUUUCCCAGUAAUUUUACCACACUUUUCCCAUUUUUACUCAUGGACUCACAUCAAUUUUUUUUUUAUUUUGACGAUUUGUAUUACAUACUAUGGUGAAGGCCCAAUGGUGGAACGUAAGAAGGAGGGAGGUAGGGUGUAGAGUGACACUGCUUUGAAAGUGAUGCCUCCAUUAAUAAGCGCCCCCGCCCCCGCCACCACCUUCCGUCUUUCUACCCGUAUCCACCAGGAGGAUGGCUCAUCACCACCACCACGCCCAUCGCACCUUCCUCCGACAUCUACGCCAAUGGGUUUUACUGUGACGUGCUCGCCUACUACACGGUCUACAGCAACCUGGGCUCGGUGUGUGUGUACAAGUCAGAUUACACGCUGAACUACACGUCGGCUUUGUCGGUGUGCCGAGGUGAGGUCAGAGGUCAUUGGGGUCAAGGGGAAGUCCGAUGAGUGGUCUUCUUUUUUUUCUUUUUUUUUUUUAGGUUAUGUGAGACAUUGGUCAUCUUUGGGAAGGCUAUGUCAGAUGACUGGCCAGUAUUUGUGAGGGUAAAGUCAAUUGAGCUAGCUACCUAUUGCAGUCAGCUUCCAAUUGCGGUCAUCUACCAAAUGCAGUCAUCUAGCAAAUGCAGGCAGCUACUAAAUGCAGUCAGAUACUAAAUUACCCCGCUUCUAAGACACCACGAAUAAAGAUGAAGACCAAAGCCAGGCUAAUUUACACUGCGUUUUCCCAACCUUUACUUAGCAGUACCAAACCUUUACUUAGGAGUACCAAACCUUUACUUAGCAGUACCAAACCUUUACUUAGGAGUACCAAACCUGUACUUAGCAGUGCCAAACCUGUACUUAGCAGUGCCAAACCUGUACUUAGCAGUGCCAAACCUGUACUUAGCAGUGCCAAACCUGUACUUAGCAGUGCCAAACCUUUACUUAGGAGUACCAAACCUUUACUUAGCAGUACAAACCUUUACUUAGGAGUACCAAACCUUUACUUAGCAGUACCAAACCUUUACUUAGGAGUACCAAACCUGUACUUAGCAGUGCCAAACCUUUACUUAGGAGUACCAAACCUGUACUUAGCAGUGCCAAACCUGUACUUAGCAGUGCCAAACCUGUACUUAGCAGUGCCAAACCUGUACUUAGCAGUGCCAAACCUGUACUUAGCAGUGCCAAACCUGUACUUAGCAGUGCCAAACCUGUACUUAGCAGUGCCAAACCUGUACUUAGCAGUGCCAAACCUGUACUUAGCAGUGCCAAACCUGUACUUAGCAGUACCAAACCUUUACUUAGCAGUGCCAAACCUGUACUUAGCAGUGCCAAACCUGUACUUAGCAGUGCCAAACCUGUACUUAGCAGUGCCAAACCUGUACUUAGCAGUGCCAAACUUUUACUUAGCAGUGCCAAACAUGGGCUCUGCUGAAUAAAUGUGUUGAUAGUAAAAUUGUCACAUGCAGCUGGUAAAACAAGAAAGAACAUUCGGAAAGAGUAAAAUAAAUACAAAUGUUUGGUGCCAAUAACUGAAAAAAAAAAUAGAAGAAAAAAAAAAGAAUAAAAUAAAAAUAGCGCUUAGCUCAAAAGCGGUAUACGAGCUAAUUGCUAUUUUUUAAAUUUCAAUUCUGUUUUUUCUGUCCUUUGUUCGCUGACGAAGGCUUCUUGCCGAUGCGUUCAUUUAAAAAAAAUUUUUUUUUUGCGUUCCCUUUUUCAGGUUUUCCCAGACUUUGUUCUAGUCAUUUCCUUUGUACGUUCUAUAUCCUACAAAGGUGAAGCUCACGGUCUAUAAAUAGAUCGUGAAAUUGAUCCUCCAAUUGCCAUACGUCAUCAAGUAGACUUCCUGUUUUAAAACUCAACCAAAGGGAGAAGGGCGCGAACUAAGAAAACAUAAAACAUUUCUUUUUUUGUCUUGCUCGUGAGGAGCGUGAGUUUAAAAUUUGGUAAAACAUCGGGCUAGAGGCUAUGGCUCAUAUUAUGUGGUCAUUUGACGUCAUAGUUCAGUGGUCAAGGGAUGUAAAGGGGGGGUGUAUCGGUAUGAUUAGGGAAAAGGGGAUAGCGGGGAAAGAUGUUUCCGAUUAAGGCGUAGCACUGAGAUAUUGAUGGUGGGGGGGGGGGGUAACGCUCUGACACAGAUUUCUGCGAAGUUAAGGUAAAAGAGAUGAAUUAGUUGGGGAUUGAAAAUACUGGAUAAAAUGUGGGGCAGAAGAAUAGGGAGAUAGUAAGGAUAGGUGUCAAUAGUUUGAAAUAAUGAAACAGCGAAGUUAAGGUAAAAGAGAUGAAUUAGUUGGGGAUUGAAAAUACUGGAUGAAAUGUGGAGCAGAAGAAUAUGGAGAUAGUAAGGAUAGGUGUCAAUAGUUUGAAAUAAUGAAACACGAAGAAUAUUACCUUGGAGACUACAAAAAUGACAUUUUAAUUUCUUCCUGGAAUGCAGUAUGAUAAUAUGCUGUGACAUAAGAUGGGAUGGACGGAAAACAACUAAGAUGGUAGUUUAUAAGUUAUGUGACGGUGUUUUAGUUGGGUGGGGGGGGGAGGAUAUCAGCGGAAACCGAAUGGGGGUGGGGCGGCUUUUUUAAAAUAUCUAUUUUUAAAUAGAGGCUGAGGAGAAAAUUGGGAGGAAAGGAGGGAAAUUGUUUGAGGCUGGGUGGUGGAUUUUUGUGGAUGGUGGGAUGAGUUGGUAGUCAGGUGUUCAGAAGCCACAGUGGAUGAAAGACUAUUUGGGGAUCAGAAAUAAUAAAGAGCACGUUGCUUUGUAAAGCAAAUGAAAAAAAAAAAAAAAAAGACAAAGCAACAAAUUUGAACAGGAGUACACAGUAAACAGCAGUAUGUGACCCACAGGCUNGUGCAAAAAAAAAAAUAUACACAUUUCGAAAAAUCAAGCAAUAAAAGGUUUCUCCACCCCCACCCCCCCCCCGCUAGAAAAGCAGGUGUAAGUAUAAUAUACUUCCGCGUACAAUAUACAUAUCCUUUUUCUAAUAUGAUUUUAAAUAUAAUAUUCAAAUAUAAAUUUGAUUUUUUAAAAAAAAUUAAAAAAUAAAAUAAAAUUGUUGUUCGUGUCUACAUUUAUUUUACUUUCGAGACUAACAUGAUCACUUUUGACUUGCAGCUUGAUGUAAAGAAGUAGAAAUAAGGGCCUCGAAAGCUAAAGUAGGUUUUAACGAAAAUCUGAAACAUAGUAGUUGAAAAAGAGUUUACCAUUUGAAUAAUUUGCUGUUGGCUAUCACGCAGUGGCGUAGCUGGGGUUGGGGGGGGGCUGUGCGGACCGCACCGAGUGUCACCAACCCAAGCGACGCCACUGCUAUCUAUUUCCACUUUGCGUUGCUGGCGAUCAGGGGGCCAAGAAAUCUAUUUCCACUCUGCAUUGCUCUACAGAUAAGAACGCCUCUUUGUAUAAAGUUGAAAAUUUGGGCAAAUUCAACAUGUUGGUCAGAAUGACCACCAAUUUGCUGACACUGGACGUCUGGGUGGGCGUGGAGGACCUGGAUCAGGACGACACCUUCAGGCAUUCGUUUAAUGGCAAGUUGCUGGGCAGUAAUUUUGAGUCACAGAUUUUUGAUCCAGGUAAUCUUUAUAGAUAUGUAUAGAGAUACUGGCUUUAUAGAUAGGUAUAGAGAUACUUGCUUUAUAGAUAUGUAUAGAGAUACUGGCUUUGUAGUUAUGUAUAGACCCUUAUGACUUUUAUAGAUACGUCUAGUUGUCUAGAGAUACUGGCUUUAUAGUUAUGUAUAGACCCUUAUGACUUUUAUAGAUACGUCUAGUUGUCUAGACAUAAUGACUUUAUAGACUUGUAAAGCGAUAAUGAAUUUAUAGAUAUGUACAGAGAUAAUGACUUUAAGAAUAUGUAUAGACCAUACUGACUUUUAAAGAUAUGUAUAGAGAUAAUUACUUUUUAAACUGUAUUUAAAAUUUGUAUAAGUUAAUAAGCACAAUAGCGAUAACAAUGACACUAUUGUAUUUCUAUGGGGCAUAGCUUUCUCUAGUCUUCUGUCCGCCAAUAUUACUUAAUGGAAUAACUGGUGGCAGAGCACAUGAUAUUCAGUUAAUAUCCGUUACCGGAUAGGGUCAGCGGCAACGGACCUAUAUUCGUUCUGUGAUCACCGCGAAGAAGAUGUUUAUUGAAAGUCUAGAUAGGCGAAACACGGGUGUCUUAAAGAUCGGUUAGUUUAGGAAAGGCUGUCCGUCUGCGCACUGCUACCGAGCUCUUCCUUCUAUCACCUCAACUCCCUUCUACCCCCUUCUGAUCACCCGCUCUCCCAUUCACUCCCGUAUCCUCACCCCCCCCCCCCCCCCCCCCCCCCCCCCCCCCAAAAAAAAAAACAACAAAAAAAAACGCAUGCCUAUCUUAUCCCACCUGUUGCCAGAAUGCGUCAAAGUAAAGGAAAGUUAAGAUGCGUCGCGGAGGAUUUUUUAGUGCAUAGAUCCAUACGAAAUAUCAGAAGAGAUCAGCAGGCCUAGCUCCCUAGCGAGCAGUGCAGCCGAGGCUGCCACUCCAGGAUCGGCCCCCCACUAGGAAGUCGCUGAAGUUCUAAGACGAGACUAUAGCUGCACCAUUGGCUCGCUAAUGCGGACGGAUGCCAACAUAAAUAUAUUUUUAAAAUAAACAUAGUUUUUAUUUAUUAGUUUGUGUGUGGGGAGGUGGGGGAUCUAAUACAAUAAAUCACCUCAAAUUGUUACCAUUCUUUUGGGGGGUGGGGGCCGACCACGUCAGCUUUCAUGAGCGUGGUCCGUAAGACGGUCUCUAGAUUUGUAUAGCAUCUUCCUAAAAUAUGUUUCUCCUACCCCUUCACCCUUUGGUUCUCCCCCCCCCCCUAUCUCUUCCCAGAUCCCUGUUCAGAGUAAUUGAUGAACAUAGAACAAGUUAUAACAGUUUACCGUGGCUUGUUGACCUGGUCAACAAGGCGCUGUCACGUGAUGCCUUUUUCAUGACCGAAAAUAAAAUUCUCCGUUCGUAUGUAUUUGUGAUCGCAAGUAAAAUUCAUACAAUGCAGUGGUUCUCAAACUGUGCGUUGCAAUCCCUUUAGGGGUCGAACAACCCUUACGGGAACACAUAUUUAGGAAGUAGCAAUGAGAAUAAUUUGUAUGGUUGGGAGGGGGGCACCACAAAAUGAGGAACUGUAUUAAAGGGUCGCGGCAUUAGGAAGGUUGAGAACCACUGCUAUAAUGUAUCUAUUACAGUAUUUUUUUCAAAAUGAUGUAUUUCAGGUUAUAAGAACAACACCGUCGGCCAGAAUUGUGGACUCUUCAUUCAAAACAGCAGUCUUUUGGCUAGCACCAACACCAGUCUUUUGGUUAGCACGCCCUGUAGCACGCCACAAUACUUCCUGUGUGAGAUGUUUGAAGCGCCAUGAACCAGUUUUAGGAUACGUACAAAUUAACAAUGGACCUGUUAGUGUCUGUACAAACUCCAUUAACAAUGUACCCUUAAAAAAAAAAAUGAGGAAGUUGCCCUUGUUGUAAAUAGCUUAAUUUUUAAAUCGAAAAGAGCAUUAGAGGCUAAAAAAAAAAUUAUACCCGAUGUCAUGACGUCAUUGUUGUUACUUGCCGGAAGCGUUUUGGCAUGAAUCUCAGUUAAACGAAACUAAACAUUAAACACUAAACAUUAAACUCUAGACGGUAAACUUUAAACACUUAACACUAAACAAUUAACACUAAACACUAAACACUUAACACUAAACACUAAACACUAAACACUUAACACUAAGCACUAAACACUAACCAUUAAACUCUAGACGGUAAACUUUAAACACUUAACACUAAACACUUAACACUAAACACAACACUAAACACUAACCAUUAAACACUAACACUUAAACACUAACAAUUAAACUCUAGAUGGUAAACUAUGUGGUGUGGUUAUUGACAUCACUCAGUAGACUGAGAUGGCUCCAGUAGAAUAUGUGGUGUUGUUAUUGACAUCGCUCAGUAGACUGAGAUGUUUCCAGUACAAUAUGUGGUGUUGUUAUUGACAUCCCUCAGAAGACUGAGAUGUUUCCAGUACAAUAUGUGGUGUUGUUAUUGACAUCACUCAGUAGACUGAGAUGGCUCCAGUACAAUAUGUGGUGUUGUUAUGGACAUCACUCAGUAGACUGAGAUGUUUCCAGUACAAUAUGUGGUGUUGUUAUUGACAUCACUCAGUAGACUGAGA